AUGGAGCGCGGCACCAGCGGUGGUCAGCAGCAACAGUCGCAGUCGCACCAUCCGCACCACCAUCAGCAGCAGCAGCAGCAGCAGCACCACCACCACCAACAGCAGCAGCAUCAGUCGCGGCACCAGCAUGUGGUAUCUGUGCAUAGCUACGAUCCGUAUAUGAUUGCCGGCGAUGCGGAUGAGGAGCAUACCUCGGGCACAUCCUCCUUUGAUAAUCCGGCAACAAAAAAGAAACCGCCCAAGCUGAAGCCCAUCCAUCGUUCACUAUCGAUGGCCAUUGAUAAUUAUGCACCGAUAGCGACCGAAUUGGAUUUAGAUUUAGAUGAUGGCUUUAUUGUGCAUGAGCAGCCGCUGAUCCACCGCUCGGCGUCGCCGCUGCCCGUGCGCUCGUCUGCACCGCCGCCGCAGACCCUAGCACUCCCAGCACAACAACAACAACAACAUACUAUUCCCCAACAUAUACCCGGUGGCGGCAGCGGUUCCGUGUCGCCGGCACUAUCUGCACGCCAGCACCACCACCUACAACAACAACAACAACAACAGCACCACCAACAACAACAACACCAGCAACACCAGCUGCAUAUGCACACAUUCCAGCAACUGGCCGCACAGGCAGCUGCUGCACGACACCACCAGCUGCCACAUACGCAUGCACCGCAUCAGCACCGCCAGCACACGCACCCGAGCUCGAGCAGCUCACCCACCUUGCACGCGGUCAGCCCAGUGCAACAGCAACAACAGCAACAGCAACAACAUCACCAACGACAACAGCAACAACAACAUCAGCCGGAUAUCUAUUUGGUCAGCAGCAGCAGCAGCCUGGGCGACAAUGUGGGCGGUCUUGGCAUGGGCCUGGGCCUGGGUCGCUCACAGCUGGGCGGCAGCGGCAGCACAUCACCGAUACAGUUCAUCGAUGUCGAUGAUAUGCUGCCGCGUGCUGCCGCACAGCAGCAGCAGCACCACCCGCAUCCGCAUCCGCAUCCGCACGCGCAGCAGCAGCAGCUGAAAAAGAACCUGUUCCGGCGCUCAGACACAAUUGACGUUCAUCCGUCUACCAAUUUUCAGAUGAAGAAAACGCAUUCCUUCCACGCCCAACAGGAUCCCGCCGCCAUGGAGCAAAUCCAGCUGGCCGUCGCCGCCGGCUCAGCCACCUCCAGCCGACGCACCAGCUCGGUACGUGCCAAUUUCCUGAUGCCCGGCCCGCCGGCCGGCAAGGAGAUCUCCCGUUCGCCCUCGCCCAGCCGCCGGGGCUGUCGUUCGCAUCGCUCCUUCAACGAUCCCGGCCGACGACCCAGCAGCAAACCCGAGUCCGUGGUGGAGUCCCAAAUCCGGCAUCCCUCGUUGAACGAUGAUCUGCUGGAGCCGCUCGACGGCCGUUCGCUUUUUCCGCCAACGAAUCUGUCGCUGGAGAACGAGCUGUUUGUGGAAUCGCGUUCGCGCAGCAAUAGCCAUACAAAAAUGGAGGAGCUGGGCGUGGCUGAGCUGGCGGCCGCUGCUGUGGCCGUGCAGCGCAUGCGCAAGAGCUCCGGUUCGUUUGAUGAGACGGCGCCUGUCCUGGCCGCCGGCCACAGCGCCACCCAUCCGCCCGCCGCCUCCGCUUCGAACAGCAUUAAGCAAAAGCGCGAGCCACAUCCCCACUCGCGCCAGCAGAGCACCCACAGCCUGGAGCUGGACGGACGACCGUCCACCAGCAGCGCCGCCGCCCACACUAUGCAGUUGCACAGCGCGGCGGCCGCCGCGAGCGCCGCGUAUCAUUUCAAGCGUGGCGCCCAGCACGGACGCUCACUGUACCUGUCGCCCAGCAAUCUGGAGGAGCUGACCGUGCAUCGGCCUGGCCUGCUGGCGGCAGCCGCCGCCUUUCAGGGCACCAAUGCCAGCGCCAGCGUUAAGCAGGCCAAGGCACUGCACAGCGCCAGCGUACGGCUGCGCAGCUAUCGCGAGGCGCUCAGCGCCACCAAGAAGUCCAAGAGCUUUAUAGCCGAGGCCAGCGGCGCGACCUCGGCCGGCGAUGAUUUUGAGCUUGGCUCGUCCUCACCCCACCGAAGGAACAGUCGCCCGCUGUCGACGGCGGUGCCCAGCGUGGCGGCAGGCACGGCCGCUGUCGUCAAUGUGGACGAGAUCAAGCGCAGUCCACGUCCAAUUACUGCUGCCGCCGUCGCGGCCGCGUUCAUCGAGGAGAAGCGGCCGUCGUUCGAGCGCAAAUCGUCGCUCACCUACGAGCACGAGCUGACCGAUGCCGCCUUUGCCGCUCAGGUGCUGCGUCCCUUCCAUCAUAAACUGGCCGCCGGACGUAAGGCGUCCCUAAGCGGUGGCUCGCACAAGCUUAAAAAGAAAUCGCUGAGCGACGACACCGACGAGGACGAGGAGGCGGACCGCAAACGCAAACGCAUCGUUUGCAUUGUCCUGGCCACGGUGCUGUUGUGCCUCGUGUGCGCCAGCGUCUUCGUGCUCAUCGUGACGCUCACCUCCGGCCAGAGUCAGUCCGGCAAGAAGUCGCACACCUUCAGCAGGGACACGCCCGUCCACUACACGGGCAUGCGACCAUCAUGAACUCCAACAACAACAGCAAUCGAUUGCCGCAUUCGGCACAGUGCUGCACUUUUGGCUAUUUCGUUGGCUUUCACUUCCGUUUCCGCUGCGCUAACAUGCACUUCAACUUCUACUUCUUCUGCUUCUUCUUCUUCUUCACCACUCCUGUGUCCCGCAUUCUGUGUGUGCGUGCGUGUAAUUGUGAGCCGCUUCGAUUGUUCUCUCCAGUGCCACAAUAGUCAACCAGCUGCCAGCAGCUGGCUAAUUGAGGAUGAGCCGCAGCAGCGGAAACAACAACCACAACAACAACAACAAUUGGCCGCAAUU